ACCAGAACCAGAACCAGAACCAGAGCCGGAGUCAAGGGCAGAAGUGGAACUGGAGCCAGAGCUCUGGACUUUCUUCCUUCUUGUUCCCUCUCUCGUUUCCUCUUGUACAGAAAGCCACUGGAGGAUGCAGCAGGCCGGUGCCAUGAGGGUCGUCCUGAUGCUGUGCCUGGCCACCGUGGUGCUUGUGAGUGGCGAGGCCUGGGGUUUUCCCGUCGAGGGCAGGGGCGUCCCAGCGAAGAAGAAAUUCGCCUCCUGGGAUGAGGUGAACGUCAUCGCCCAUGGUCUGCUGCAGCUGGGCCACGGGCUCAAGGAGCACGUGGACAAGACCAAGGGACAGGUUAAGGACAUCUACUCCCAGCUCACCGCCCACAGCAGCUCCUUCGCCGACCUGCUGCGUCGGGCCCAGGCCAUCCAGGAGGAGGGAGAGCUGCUGCGGAACAAACUGCGGGACCUGGAGGACCGGGACGGCCGGCUCUUCAACCUCUCGGAAGGCAUGAAGGGGAAGCUGGAGGAGGUCGGCGGGGAGGAGGAGGCCAUGGAGAAGAGGCUGCGGAAGAUAGAGGGGAAGAUGCGGCAGGUGCUUCAGGCUCGUCUUCCAGAGGGCGGGAAGGACAGUGCUGUUGGGACUCUGCAGGCCCAGAUAAGAGAGCAGAACGGCAGGAUUGAGGACCUUUUCCGGAAGAUCACUCAGCAGCAGCAGCAGCUGGACAAGCAAAACCUGAAAAUUAAAAACCUGCAGAGCAAAGUCAGUUUGCUGGCUCCACUGCAGCUGAAGGACAACAAGACCCAGAGCCCAAAAUGGAGGCAGAGCCCCAGGAAAACAGCCAGGCAUGCCGGCCCCAGCCACAACGCCAGCAGAGAACCACCCCAGCCGCAGGAACUGCCCCUGGACUGUCACCAACUCUUCCUGGAAGGGGAGCGCCAGAGCGGGGUAUUCUGGAUCCAACCUGCCAGCUCCCAGCCUUUCCUGGCAAACUGCGAGAUGACUCCAGAGGGCGGUUGGACAGUGAUUCAGAGACGCCUGGAUGGCUCCGUGGACUUUAACCAGCCCUGGGAGACCUACAAAACCGGCUUUGGUGACCCACAUGGGGAAUUCUGGCUGGGCCUGGAGAAGAUGCACCACCUUGCACGGAGCUGGAGAAACUACCUCUCCGUCCAGCUGCAGGACUGGGAAGGGAACUUCUACUCUGCCCAGUUCCCCUUCCGCCUAGGUGGAGAGGACACAGCCUACAGCCUGCAACUGCUGGAGCUUGGGAGUGGAGAGGCAGAGCUGGCCCUUGGGGACAGUCAGCCUCUCCCCUUCUCCACCUGGGAUAAGGACCACGAUCUCCAAGCUGCUCUGAACUGUGCUAAGCAUCUCUCGGGAGGGUGGUGGUUCAGCACCUGUGGCCAUUCCAACCUCAACGGGAAGUACUUCCUCUCCAUCCCCCGGCAACGGCACCAAAGGAAAAAGGGCAUCUUUUGGAAGGCGUGGCGGGGACGCUACUACCCACUCCGGGCCACCACCAUGCGGAUUCGGCCCUCUGAGCCCACAGCUUCCUCCUAGGUCAGCCCUGUCGGCUUACCGCCCGGGGCUGGGACAGCCCAGGGAGGAGCCAAGGCCGGGGAGGGGAAGAGCGGCUCUGGGGUUUCCAGCAGAGAAAUGCCUCUUGUGGCACUAACAUUUGUAACUCUAAGAGGCAAAGAGAGAACUUUCCUCUGAUUGCAAUCCCACGGGACUCCCAAUUUGGAACUCCUCCCUUCCCUGUGUUGGGACUCCCGGGGGCUCAAGAAACGCCCCGGGAGAGGAUGGUCCAUCCGGCUCCUGGCCUGCUAGGAGGAAAGAAGAACAGGAGGAACCAGUUACCUCCAGAACGGUCGCCCUGGGGUGUCUUGGAGCGGAUGUCAGUUAGUCUCUGCCCAUUCUGGAUGCCUCUGGACUCUCACCGCGGAGCAGUGCAGAAGUCAGCUAAAGUCACUGAUGGCCCUAUCGAUACUAUCCUCUCCCCCACCUCCCACUCUCUGAUCCAGACUCAGUGGCGUGGGCAUGGAUUCCGCCUGCUCUCUCAAACACUGCUAUUCAUGGGGUGUCCUUUCAUGGAGUCCUGCUGGGCCAGUGAGCUCGGUGACCUCUCUGGGCUCACAGCCUGGGGAUACCACCUGGUUUCUUAAAGAGAGAGGGUCUGGAUGCUAUAUCCAUCGCUGGUUCUCUCUCUCUUCUUCUCCACCCCCACUAUGUAUGUUAUGGGGACGUUUCUGGAAACCAAAUGAAAGGCGGUGAGGUGGUUGAGAGGAAAGUCUUGCUUGGAGCCAGGAGAAGGCUCAGGUGUAUCGGGACCAGUCAGACCUCUGGGAAAACCUGGGACCUGAGCUCCGGUACUGAUCAAGCAUCUACCAGCGGCUCCAGGUGGCUUUCCUGGAGACGGCCGGCACUUUCCUCA